AUGACCUUGCGUUGGCGCGGAAAAGUUCUAAGUUUCCGCGAGACCGAUCUGUUCAACGCCAUAAAAGGCUUUGAAGCUGUGGCUCACUCUGGGGCCCCCCUGGAUUCUGCGCAGGUCCCGAAUCACAUCGAGACGAUCAACGGCUUGAGCGCGAAUAAACAGUGCGUAAUAUUUCGUAUGCCGGUCUGGUGGGACCGAACCAGCUUUGAAAGAAGACCCGUUGUGGUGCGCUUGGUUGGCCUAGCCGCAAUUGCCACAUCCCCAGGUGAAGUUGCCGUUGCCAAUGGCAACGCAGCGGAAGCACGGGCCGUUCCCUAUAAGACAAUGCUGACAAAGGAUCCGACCUGA